AGUGGUAUGGUCGUGGGAACAUGCCAGUACAACGCAGAGGCCUUUUUUAAAUAAGUAAUGUCUUUGUUUCCAAGGGGUUGGCAGAAUGUUACACGAUCCAGUGAGUUGGAACAAAAGGACCCUGUUUUUAGACAGGAAAUAAAAUGAUGUUUAGGGAUUUAGGUUUGUCUCGGGUCUGGCUUUAUAUUUUUACGUUUUAAUCGCCUAGAAUUAAUGUAGAGGAGUCGGGAUCUGUAGGUGGGAUAUGGCUCAAGAAACUAACCAAACCCAAGGGCCUAUGCUCUGUACUACCGGCUGCGGAUUUUAUGGGAACCCGCGCACAAAUGGCAUGUGCUCGGUUUGUUAUAAGGACUUUCUGCAGAGGCAAAACAGCAAUGGAAGAGUUAGCCCCCCUGCGUCUACUGGUGUCAGUAGCAUAGGAGAUUCUUUACCAACGCAGUGCUCGGAAGCCAGUACUGUAGAUGCACCGCCAGCGUUAGUCCAGGCAGCUGCACCGUCCGAACAAAGCAGUAUUGUCUCCAGCCAGUCUCUGUUGUCGCAAACAUCCGAAACAAAUUCUGAAGAGGAUGAUGCAACGGGGUGCAAAGUAGAGCCUAAAACAGAAGAAUUGCAAGCUUCAGCCUCAGACGAGUCUGACCAGGCUUCUUCAGAAGGGCAGGACAAGUCACCCGAAAAGGCCAAACAGAAAAAGAAUCGCUGCUUUUUGUGCCGGAAGAAAGUGGGACUUACUGGCUUUGAUUGCAGAUGUGGGAAUUUGUUUUGUGGCGUCCAUCGUUACUCUGACCUUCACAAUUGUACUUUCGAUUACAAGGCUGAUGCAGCUGAGAAAAUAAGAAAAGAAAACCCAGUAGUUGUUGGAGAAAAGAUCCAGAAAAUUUGAACAGUGGCUUGUUUUUGGAUUUCGUAACAAUCUGCAACUUAGAUUGACUUAAGCUUAUUGUCUCCUUUUUUGUCAUUUAAUGGGAGUUCUGAGCAAUGUAUCCUGCAUAGACCCUUAAAUCAUGCAUGCCACCAGGAAUUGCAUUUUGAAAAUUACUUUUAAAAUAUUCUUUGCAUUUUUUAAUAUUUUUAAUUUCCUUUUGGAUGUUGUGGUUGGAUAAAUCUAAGCAAACUUUAGGAGUAAUACCAUUUUAUGCCAUCUUAAUUUUAGUUAAGUGCAGUUUACAGAACCCAGUUAGGUAAAAAUGCUGGAGGGCUGUGCUUUUCCAGUAUUUACAAACAGUCAUGUUGUAAUCUUGAAAGUUUUUAUUUCCUUUGUAUAUAGCUUAUCCUUCUCCUGCAGCACGAUUUCUCUCUUGAAAUUGUGCCUUUUCAAGGCACACUUAGGUAUCAAUAAUUGAAUGUAUUCUAAUCAUUUAUGGCUGCUUUUGUUCUUCAUUAACGAAACGGGGUUUCAACAAAUAAUAUUGGCAUAUUCGCUUAUUUGCUCCCACAGCUUGUCUGAGUAAUUUUAGGAGUGUAUGCUAUAAAAGUUUGUGUGUGUUUCAUUUGGAAUGGGGUGGGGUGGGGUGGGGAGAGAGCCUGUAUGCCCUUCAUUGCUGGCUGUGAGUUUCAUCCUGGGAAAUAUAGUUCACAUAACUGAGCUUGCACAAAUGAAGUAUGACCUGAAAUUGUGCUGUAUUUAUGUUAGUUUAUUCACUGUCUUAACUUUGAUUAAAUAAAGUUAAAAACAAAUUGUUUUAUACUUUUUUAUUAAUUUAAUUUCUUUGCGCCAAAGUCCGUAAUUGCGGUGGGUGGGAAGCUUUUGAUUUUGCACUUUUAUUUUAAUGUUUUCUUUAAUAAUGACAUUCUUAAUCAUACUGGAAUAUAGUCAGCUCUCAUUAAGGUGAAUUUCAAGGGGCCAGCAAAAAAUGUAUGUAUUGUUCAGUGUGCAUUAUUCACUGCUUUCAGCAUCUCCACUUUUGCCUGCAAGAAUAAUGCACGUUUUUUUACGCUGUUCACUCAUUUGUGCUUCAUGGAAAUGGGUUGGGGUUGGAGACAAGACUAUUUGCUUUUUUUCAAUGUAUAUAAGCCUAAAAGCUUCAAUAACAAUAGAAUUGUAUGCAUGAAAAGGAUGUGUGGGUUUGAUGGCAAAUACUGUAUUUUGUAUGUUCUCAAUUUAUAUACACUAGAUUUUUAAAGUUCAAACUUAAAUUGCUUAAGAAAUCAGGUACUAUAAUUUGCUGGAGAGAAUUUAAACGAAGAACCUUUCACAAAUGAUCAAGUUUGGAGCACCACAUGUUUAAACUACGGACCUGUAUGAAAUCAUUUAUGGCUGUGCCAUAUUCAUUCUAAAGUACAGCAAUGGCAGUGCCAUAAACCUUGCAUUGAUUUAGGCCUAGGUUUGACCACUUAUGAUAUGAUGAAUAAUGUGUGAUCUUGAAAGCACAUGGACAGGUUGGUGUUUGGAUUAACUGGCAUAAGUUAAUGAAGAAAAUGUAAUUACUGUAAAAUGAGAUUGAGUAAUAACCAUGUAUGUAAACAAGGAUUAAAAUGCAAAAUUA